AUGGUCGAAUAUUUAUUCAACACAACCCGAGUAUUAUGUUGGAUCGUUACCAACCCUGCCAACCAUUUGACCAAGGCCAUACACAUUCGUCACACUUGGGGACGUAGAUGUAAUAAAUUGCUGUUCAUUAGUUCCGAAGCUGAUGAUAUUUUGCAAACAAUUCAGCUACCGGUUGCCGAAGGUCGUGACUAUUUAUGGUUCAAAACGAAACUGGGACUAAAAUAUAUUUAUGAUAAUCAUAUCGAUGAUGCCGAUUGGUUUCUGAAAGCCGAUGAUGAUACAUAUGUAAUAAUGGAAAAUCUUCGAUAUUUCUUACAUCAGUAUUCCUCGGAUAUACCAAUAUAUUUUGGUUGUAAAUUCGAUAGGUAUAUAAAGCAGGGUUACAUGUCCGGUGGGGCAGGUUAUGUCAUGAGUAAAAAAGCAUUGAUUAAAUUCGCCACCGAGGCCUAUGACAACAGCCGUCUCUGUAAAUACAAAACAAUUGCUGAGGAUCAACAAUUGGGUAUUUGUAUGGAAAAUAUUGGGGUCAUAGCUGCUGAUUCAAGAGAUGAAAAUGGGUUGGAACGAUUUAUACCAUUGCCGCCAGUUGAUGUCCAACCUGAGCCACAUGUCGAAUGGUAUAUAAAAUGGGUUUAUCAUGAACCAGAAAAGAAUGUCUCCUGUUGUUCACCACAUGCUAUAUCAUUUCACUAUAUAACACCCGACGAGUUUUAUGUUCUAGAAUAUUUAAUAUAUACUUUGAGGCCAUUUGGUGCUCCUGUUUAUGAAAGUUUGCCUACGAAAAUAAAUGUUUCAGAGAUUUAUGCUGCCGGUAUGCCAGAUGCUGAACCUUUAAUGGUUCCACAAACUGUCGAUAGUAACGGAUAG